AUGAGCCGUUAUAUCCUUCCAAAACAUAUUAAAGAGUUGCGGUUUCAUAUGUGCCAAAUAAGCGAAGAAAGCAAAAAUGCAAGGUGUGUUAUUUUUGAAGGGGAAAAAAAGGGUGAAUAUAGCAGAUUAUUUAUUAGAAAGGCGUAUCCUAUAUUGAAGAAGAGUAAUCCAUAUGUUCCGGUUCUUAUUCGGGAGGCAAUGGGCGUUUCUCCGAUGCUAUGGGUUCGAUAUGAGUAUGGAAGAGAGGAGAAUGUUUCUUUAGAGGGGUUAUCAGAAGAGGAAUGCGAAAAACGGGUGAAAUUGCAUUUAUUUGGGGCAUAA